AUGGAAAGGGUCGACAAAGAAAAUGAAGGAAAGCCAGAAAAUCAAGGAAACUCAGAAAAUGAGGGAAAGCCAGAAGAUGAAGUAGAUACAGAAGAUGAAGGAAAGUCAGAUGAGGAAGGAAAGCCGGCAGUGGAGGGGCAGCCAGGGCACCAGGGAAAGCCCCAGAAUGAGGGACAGCCAGAUGAUGAGGCACAACCAGAAGAUGAGGGAAAGCAGGACAAGCAGGGCCAGUCCGAAGAUGAGGGAAAACCACAGGGCGGCGAGGGCAAGCGAGAAUCCCAGGCAAAGCCAGAGAGCGAGCGGCGGGCUGCCGAAAAGCGCCCGGCUGAAGAUUAUGUGCCCCGGAAAGCAAAAAGGAAAACCGACAGGGGGACGGACGACUCCCCCAAGGACUAUCAGGAGGACCUACAGGAAAGGCAUUUGGGCAGUGAGGAGAUGAUGAGAGAAUGUGGAGAUAUGUCAAGGGCUCAGGAAGAGCUAAGGAAAAAACAGAAAAUGGGUGGUUUUCAUUGGAUGCAAAGAGAUGUACAGGAUCCAUUUGCCCCAAGGGGUCAACGAGGUGUCAGGGGAGUGAGGGGCGGAGGUCGGGGCCAGAAGGACUUUGAAGACGUUCCAUAUGUUUAA